GCCAUAGCGAUCGACUUUUCUGGGAGUACCUUUCAGAGCAAGAUAGUAGUAAUAGUAGCAUUUUCAUUUCAUUUUAUAUUUAUAUUUAUUUUUGGGGCCAAAGCGACAACAACGUGACCUUCAAGUUCCGAAUCACUCGUUCCGAUAUCCGUUUUUCCAUCCUCUUUUCCUUCUCAUCGCCAUCGUCAUUCGUCGUGUUUUCGUCUCUGUAACCGCCGCGAUCGACUUCGUCGUGCGGUGUAUAUGAUCACUCCGCCAAGAGAUGCUAGAGGAUCAGGUGGCGUACCUCUUACAGAGGUACCUUGGCAAUUAUGUGAGAGGUCUCAACAAAGAAGCUCUCAAGAUCAGUGUCUGGAAAGGCGAUGUAGAGCUGAAGAAUAUGCAGCUGAAGCCUGAGGCUCUGAAUGCUUUAAAACUUCCAGUGAAGGUUAAGGCAGGUUUUCUAGGAUCAGUGAAACUUCAGGUUCCAUGGAGUAGGCUUGGUCAAGAUCCAGUCCUAGUAUAUUUGGAUCGCAUUUUCUUACUAGCUGAACCUGCUACUCAAGUUGAGGGAUGUAGUGAGGAUGCUGUCCAAGAAGCUAAGAAGAGCCGAAUACAGGAGAUGGAACUGAAACUUUGGGAGAAAUCACAACAGUUAAAAUCAGAAAUGAAUCAAUCAUGGUUGGGAUCCCUCAUUGGCACCAUCAUUGGAAACUUGAAGCUUUCAAUUUCUAAUAUUCACAUCAGAUAUGAGGAUAGUGAGAGCAAUCCAGGACAACCAUUUGCAGCUGGAGUUAUGCUGGAUAAACUCUCUGCUGUGACAGUUGAUGAUACCGGGAAAGAGACUUUUAUUACUGGAGGUGCACUAGAUCGCAUUCAAAAGUCUGUUGAACUUGAUCGACUUGCAGUUUAUCUAGAUUCAAAUAUUAUACCAUGGCAUGUUAACAAAACAUGGGAAGAUUUGCUCCCUUCAGAGUGGUUUCAGGUAUGUAUGCUGGAGGGGAUAGGGAAGGACAGUUAUGGAUUUACAUAGAAUUGUUACUUUUUU